AGCAGCACGCCGGUUCCGAGGGGGACCCUCGGGGCGCGGCAAGAGUGCGCCAGGUGGGCGGAGCUGCUCCAGGACUUGAGCGCUUCUGCUCGGCGCCCGUCGUCUCUGCUGCAGUCGCGGCUCCUCUUUGGAACAAUGGGUGAUGCGAGGCGACUUCUGGGCUGCCUGCCUCUGCUGUGCCUCCUCGGCUUGAACUUACUUGAAAAUUGCUGUGAAGCAUAUAAUAUUGGCCUUGAAGGAGCUAAAGUGUUUUCUGGUUCCCGAAAUGAACAAUUUGGAUAUUUAGUUCAACAGAUUACAAACCAAGAAGGCAAAUGGUUGCUUGUUUCUUCACCCUGGAGUGAAAAUAGAAUGGGAGAUAUCUAUAAAUGUGCUGUUCGUCAACAAGGAUCCAAAUGUUCCAAGAUGGACCUACAGACUGUUACGAGCAUACCAAAUGUUAAUGAGAUAAAGAAGGACAUGAAUCUAGGGUUAACUCUAGUAAGAAAUCCAAGAACUGGAGGCUUUUUGGCAUGUGGUCCUUUGUGGGCUCAACAGUGUGGAAGCCAAUACUAUGCAACGGGAAUCUGUUCUGAAUUUGGUCCCAGUUUUCAGCUCCUGAGAAGUUUUUCACCUGCAGUGCAAAACUGUUCUUCAGCUGUUGAUGUGGUGGUCAUAUGUGAUGAGUCAAACAGUAUUUAUCCGUGGGAUGCUGUGAAAGAAUUUUUGAAAAAAUUUGUUCAAGGUUUAGAUAUAGGGCCAACAAAAACACAGGUAGGCUUAAUUCAGUAUGGCAAUUACCCACGAGUUGUUUUCCACCUGAAUACCUACACUGACAAAAAAGCUGUUGAACAAGCAAUGUCGGAAACUGUUCAAAAAGGAGGGUACGAAACUAAUACAUUUGGAGCCAUUGAAUAUGCAAGGCAACAUGCUUUCACAAAAGAGGCAGGUGGGCGACCAACAGCUUCAAAAGUCAUGGUGGUUGUCACAGAUGGUGAAUCGCAUGAUGGCUCAAAGUUGUCAGAAGUAAUAGCAAGAUGCAACGCGGAUAAUAUCACGAGAUUUGGCAUAGCUGUAUUAGGAUAUUUAAUUAGAAAUGACAAGGAUACUAAAAAACUUAUCGAAGAAAUCAAAGGAAUUGCUAGCCAGCCUACAUCAAAUUUUUUUUUUAACGUAUCCUCUGAGCAAGCACUUUUAGAAAAAGCAGGAACACUGGGAGAACGGAUUUUCAGCUUAGAAGGUACUGAUCAAGGUGAUUUAUUCCAGAUGGAAAUGUCACAAGUGGGUUUCAGUGCUGCUUAUUCACAUCAAAAGGAAGUGCUGAUGUUGGGUGCUGUUGGGGCCUAUGAAUGGACUGGAACAGUGGUCCAGAAGAGAGGAGAAAAAGACACUAUAUUUCCCAAUACAACAUUUCAAAAUGUAUUGCAAAACAGUCGGAACUCCUACUUAGGUUAUUCUCUCGCUGUUCUUUCCUUGGAAAACUCAGUCUAUUAUGUUGCUGGUGCUCCCCGUUCCAAUUAUACUGGCAGAGUUGUGGUUUAUCAGGUUGAUAACGAUGGCAAAAUAAUCAUCAUUGACUCUCAAAAAGGAGAGCAGAUUGGCUCUUAUUUUGGCAGUGUGGUGUGCUCUGUUGAUAUCAAUGGAGACUCCAUAACAGAUGUGUUGUUGGUUGGUGCACCCAUGUUUAUGAAUAAUUUUAAAAAAGAAGAAGGAAGAGUCUACAUGUUCAGGGUCACAAAGGGAAUUUUGGAAAAACGAGAAGUACUUGAAGGGCCUGAAGGACUGGAAAAUGCUCAGUAUGGAUCUGCUAUCACUGCUGUUUCUGAUAUUGAUUUGGAUGGCUUUAAUGAUGUGAUAGUUGGAGCACCAUUAGAAAAUGAGAAUACUGGUGCUAUAUACGUUUACAAUGGUAAACAAAAGACAUUGCACACUAAGUAUUCCCAGAAAAUUUCUGGAUCGAACCCUGCAUUUGGUCAGCGAUUCCAGUAUUUUGGAAGAUCAAUAGAUGGCCAUAUUGAUUUAAAUGAUGAUGGAAUUACUGAUGUAUCUGUGGGUACCAGUGGAAAUGUAAUUCAACUCUGGUCACAGAGUAUAGCCAAUGUGACUGUACAUGUUUUAUCUACUCCUACAAAGAUCAGUCUGCUAAACAAGAACACAGAAAUAGAUUUAAAUAUAUGUUUUGGUGCAACGUUUAGACCUAUCCAUACAAGUGAUAAAGUGGAUAUUAAGUACAAUAUAACAUUGGAUGCAGAUUUCUUAUCUUCACGCAUUACCUCUAGAGGAUUAUUUAAAGAAAACAAUGAGAGGUCUUUGCAGAACAGCAUCGUAGUCAACUCUCUGAAGACGUGUGUGAAUCACAUUUUUAACGUGCAGGCCCCUUCCGAUGCUAUCGACUCCCUUAACAUACGCAUUGAUAUUGGGCUCAAGAACCCCAACUCAAGUCCUGUUCUUGAUAAAGAGUCUCCUACACGUCUUGUUUACGGUAUACCAUUUGUCAAAGAUUGCGGUGAAGAUGAAGUUUGCAAGACAGAUCUCAUUCUGGAAGUUGAACAGAAAAAUAUUGGGAACAACAAACCAUAUUUUCUUGUCACCAGUAAAAAUAAAAGACUGACAUUUGGUGUGAAAUUGAAAAACAUGAAUGAAAAUUCAUACAACACCAGAAUUCAAGUGGCUUUUUCUGAAAACUUGUUUUUUGCUUCAUCUUUUUCAGCCGUGGAUGAAACUGAAGUUUCAUGUCAGAUGGCAGUUGUCCGUCAUCUUGUUGUCUGCCAAAUCAGCUAUCCUGUUUUUAAAGCAAGGCAAGAGGUAUCCUUUGAUCUUAAUUUUGACUUCAGUUUGAAAAGUCUUCAGAAUGUGGCAGUAUUAUAUUUUCAAGCCUUGAGUGCAAGUCAUGAAGAAGAUUAUACAAACAAUCAGGUGAACCUAACACUUCCACUUCGUUAUGAUGCAGAACUUCACUUAAUGAGGUUUACCAGUAUGGACUUCUACGAAGUGUAUUCUAAUCUUAGUGUUUACACCGUGGUGAAUAAUUUUGAUGAAAUUGGACCGGUAUUUAAUUUUUCAGUUAAGGUCACAAGAGGAAGUAAUCCAAUCAAUGCGGCAACUUUAAAAAUUCAUAUCCCUAAUCAAACUAAGGAGAAUAACCCUUUGAUGUAUGUGACGGCUGUGCACACCAGUCAGGGCAGUGACAUCAACUGUCACGGACUCAUCAAUCCACAUAAAAUUGGAUCACAAAGCUAUGCUGCAUCAUUUCGAAAAGAAAGCUUCAAAGAUUUGAAAGAAUUGAACUGCAAGAACGUUAGAUGUAAUACGAUCACGUGCAUGUUAAAAGAUAUAUCUCUGAAACCUGAAAAUUACGUUAAUAUUUCGACUAGAAUCUGGAAUGGGACAUUUGCAACUUCAGCCUUUCAGAAAAUAGUAUUAUCUGCAAGCGCCGAAAUUGACGCCCAAGAUUCCGAGUUGUUUAUAACAGGAGAAAGCACUUUAUCUAUUCCAAUUACAAUAAUCAAAUCUGAUGAGGAAGCAGAAAUACCCAUUGGAAUUAUAAUAGCAAGUGUCCUUAUCGGUCUUCUCUUGCUAAUAAUUCUUACUGCUGUUUUAUGGAAACUUGGUUUCUUCAAGAGAAAAUACAAGAAAAUGGCAACAGAUUUGGAAGAUGCGGAUGAGAUUACAGGACUUAAUAAAGACAGAGAAUAAACAUAGCAGAAAUAUUCCCGAAUGUACGAAUGUUGAGCCACAAACAGUGCUUGCGAUCACACUGUUUAAUUUCCACGAGUGCCUUAUUCAAAGGUUUUACACUUUUUAUAAGUGAAAAUAUUAUACAUAUAACUGCUGGUCGGUUUGGGCUUUUGUUUACAGUUUUAUAAAGAUUUUGUUUUUAUAUUUUGUACUGUUAAUAAUGGAUCCUCUGAAUUGGCAGGCCCAGAACUAAUGUUGAAAUCUACCAGGAAUACUGCUUUUUAUCCUUGAUAAGGGUACAUGUGGAAUAGUUUGUCUUUAUUUACCAGUAUAACAGGAUCUGUUAUUUUCAUCCUGCAGUCAAAAACUGUCCUUGAGUUACUCAAAGGUUUACAGACAUUGAGCAGUGCUAGCUCCUCAGUCGGUAUCUGGAUUCAAAUAUUACAUUAAACCAGGGCUCUCAAAAUCGUGGGCCAAAUGCGUCACGUGCUAGUCACACCCACCCUUGGUUUAACGAAGGGGGAAAUCUCGAUACAUCAUGUGUCGAUGUAACGACAUGACUUUGACACCCCUGCAUCAAACCAUAAAUUGGUUUGUUUACUCUGUGACUAAAUGUAAUGUGAGCAGAAACCAUUGUAGCUUAGCACAGAAUUGCUCAACAGUAUACAACCAUUUGCAGCUUAUUGUGGCACCAAAGAAACGAUAUCACUUAUUAGUUUAGGCACUGUCUAAAAAAGCUGGAGACGUGAUUGCAAAGAUUACUAACUGUGUUAGAGCAAUAUUGUAUGACAAGAUAAGAGCAUGGCCUAGUAUUGGUUGCGUACCCAAGCUGUAACAAUAAACUGUACAUUGAGAGUAGACCUUCUAAAAUCAUGUAGAAACAUUCAUGAAUGAUUCAUUCUGACCGAUUUUUAUUAUACUGGCUACCUUAAUUAUUGAAUAUUGAUUUGAUUUUAAAUGCUAUAUUGAUAUAAGGACAUCCACAUGCAAUACUAAUCAAAUGUCACUUUGAAAUUUUUAAUUUUGUUUUAUAUAACAUGGAAACCUCUGAUGCCUUUUUUCUAGCUUUCAAAUAGCUCUUGAAAUAAGUAAAUAAACAAUAAAAGGAAACUCAGUUUCUUUUCAGGGUUUUAAGGAGCAGUCAGGUUUUCUGAAGCAGCAAAUGCUAUAAUCUAGAUAACCAGCUUCCAGAAUCCUCAGUGUACACCAGACAAAAAAACAGAGUUUAUUUCUCCAUCACAAAACUGUUAAAGAUUUUAUUCGAUUUAAGAGAGCAGAAUGGCUGGCCUUAUUUACAAUUCUUGGUGUAAAGCAGUAGUUGUAAAGGAGUAAGUUACUAAUUUCUGAACAUUCAUUAAUUUGGAUUUUAAUGUUAUUAACCAUUGGAUUAACCAUUCCAUAACAAACACUAGUAGACUUCCUCCUUAGCAACUACAAUUGAGAUUGGCAACUUAUUUGUUAAGCAGAGUGGUUACCAAGUUAAAAAUUACAUGAGCAUGACUGUGCUUAUGAUUUUACAUAGGACUGCACGCACCGACUGUCUGUAAUACCAAACGUGAUUUAGACAAAGAGAGAGAGAUGCUGCAGUCACAAAUGUGAUGUUUGAAGCAAAGUUACUUUUCCAACACGGUCAUAACUGCAAACAGUAGAUCUUUUCAGAAUUUUUAAAAAAUGUUAAUUAAAAUUUUUUUUUAGUAUUCAUUUAUUCCUUUUCACCAAUUGUUCUUUUCAUUACAUUUUUUAAGAUGGCAAAUCUCUAGGUUUUUUUUUAAAAUGUGUUUUUAUAAGAUUCCAAAUAGCAUUACUUUAAUGGGAUUUAAAGCAUAUUAAGCUGUCAGAAAUCGCUGGAUUUUUUAAAAAAAUUAGAUGUUGCAGAAGCAAGAGACAAGUACUUGUGAAAACAGGAGUAAAUUGUAUGCUUAAUUUCCUCCUGCAUAUCUGCAGUGUCAUGCAAAUUCUUUCACUCGUUUACAAUCUUGUUUAUCCGUUAAGUUUGUUCUUGAUUAUAUUACAUGUACUUAAAAUCUUCAAACUCAUCCUUCAGAACCCAUUACAUUAUAUUUUAAGGGGAACAUUUUAAUUUUGGAAUUGGGAUGUUCUGAUGGGUAAUUAGGUUAUUCUGCUUAGCUGCAGCCAUUUAUGCCACGGUUUCUGCAUUCUUCACUAAUAUCAGAAGCAUAUAUGCUCCUAUCACUUAUGCACUUACACAGCAGUAAAUCUUUAUUGACUAGAGUAAGGCAUAACUUCUGAAUGACUCAAGUCCAUAACACUGGAAGAUACAUACUCUUACCUGUAAUAUAUUAUCUUUGUUGAAAAUAACUAAUAAAUUAUUGUCUUUACUUUUGUUCAACACUGGCUGAAAUAUCAGGAAGCUCUUUUUAAAUUUCAGUUUAUGUUUGUAUGGGGAAGAAAAUCCAGCCUAACAUAAUUAACUAUAAGGCUGAUUCAUCAUCUCUCUACACAUCCCAACAGCAUUAACACAGAUGUUCCUGAUGAAUUUUAAUUACCAUUCUGCUUGAGUCAAGUGUUUUCACUGCUAUUGGCUGUGUUGUAGAAAAUAUUGCUUUAUGAAUGGAUAUUCGCAUUAGGUGCAAAAAUGGUACACAUUUUUACUUCUAGAAUCAAGUUUCAUAGAACAAGGCACACAAAACUGUAAGCAACUUAUGUGAACCUAAGUGAUGUGGUUAAUUUAAAGUUCAAGCACAUUGGUUCAAUAAACGUUUGUGCUCUUUUAUAAUAUUGUAGAAUGAAUGUAACAAUUUUGUACUUUUCUGUAUUUUUUAUUUUUGUUAAAAAAAUAGCAAUUUCAGUAAACAGGUGUAUUGUACAGACGAAGCCUUUAUGUAUAUUUUGCACUUUGUACCAAAACAUAUGAAUAUAGUGAAGCUUGCGUUUAAAGAAAGAUGAAUGAAACCUGUUGAAUAAAUUUUGAAAUCACCCCACUGUAGAUUCAUUGCUGAAUUAUAUUGUCUGGAAAGCGAUCUAAUACUGAAAGAAGUAUAUUGUUAGAUCAUCUACCUAUCUGUACUUUGUUUCUCUUUGUUUUAUUGGGCAUGCGUUUUAGGAGAUAAAGAAAGGUCAGGGAACUUCAGGGCAUCUAUUGCAUUUUUUUCCUUUCAAAUUAUUUGGUUCAAAAAAUUGAACUAUAUUUGUAUGGAAACAAGACAGCAUUUGCAAAAAUACAGCUUCAUAGGUUGUUGCUGGUCUUUUUUUAUUCUCCUAAUGCAAAGUUCCCUGCUAAGAAAGCCAAAUUUGUAUAGUGCAGGGCUGUCAAACUCCCGGCCCAUGGGCAGGAUGCGUCACAGGCUGGCCAUGCCCAUGCCCGGUUUAGCAAAGAGGAAAGUCCCAAUACAUCACGUGAUGCUGCCAUGAUGACACGAGUUUGACAUCCCUGGCGUAGUGGUUAAGGCAUUGAGUUAGGAACUGGGAGACUCUGAUUUCUAGUUCUGCCUUAGCACAAACCCAUCAGGGUGACCUUGGGCCAGUCACUCUCUCUCAUCCCUAGGAAGGA